AUGCCAUUAUUUCCUUGCGGGGAAGAGUCGAUUCCAAGUCCUACGUCGAGCUCAAAUGCAUCUUCGAAUACUGCCGUCGCUCCUGCUCCCACGCAUCCACCCAUACCGCCUGCAAACACUCCCGCUCUACCACCCGACUUCUCGGAUAUCCCAGCCAGUGUAAUUAGUUGCUGGGAUGCUCACGCCAGCUAUAGCUCAGCCUCUUGGUUCCUCUACACCCAGCUUUUGAGCAGUGAAAACUAUACCUGGAAUGACUGGUCGACGACGUCUUAUUCGUACUCUACAUAUCUCAAUGACAGAUUCGACUGCAAAACUACGGCGUUGCCGUCUCUAACCACACUGUGCGACGGAUUCCCUCGUGCGUCUACAAGUUCGACAAAAUGCCAGACGGUAACCGAGACAUACACCUUCACGAUUACGGGUGAGGCUACAUACUAUACGCCGCCAUGGUCCACAGAACUUGACAAAUUGCCCUCUCCAACCUGUACUGUCGCUAGUGACUACGGCGCAUUGUGUACGAGGCUGAAUGACGCAUAUAAAUGGCGUACAUCAUUCCUGUCGCAGAACCCUUCCAUUACAGGAUCGAUUGCAGGACCCGGAUGCACAGUUCUCAACGAUGGAACCGUGCCGUCACAGCCUCCAUGCUAUCUUGAAGGAGGAACGUGGGAAGCGUUCUACUGGCCUACUACUGCUAUUCCCUCUGGACCGGCAUUUUGCGACACCAAUAGCACAAACACUACUACUACGUCUGGACAAGCUAGGACUGCCAUAGUUUCUGGCGUAACCAUGACGAGUCCAAGCGUAUACUAUCUGCUACGCAACGCAGUUCUCCAGACACUCACAGGCCGGGCCUCACUGAUCGGCAACACCAACACGGCGACCAACACAGACGUCUUCGCGCCAUCGACAACCGCCUCGCUCUUGACAGUGGCACAGCGCGAGUCCGACAUAGUAACCAUCUCACGUGUAUGCGCGGGCUCGGGUCAACGUCGAUACUGCACCUUCCACGGGUCUCCUGGCUUCUCCGUCGCAGACCUCGCUACCGUGCGCGCAUCCGAGUACUGCGGAUGGUGGGGCUGCGGCGCGAGCGAGACCAUCUACCAGGCCGAAUACACGCCUACGCUCGGAAUCCCUGUGAGUGAAGUCGCAGCGCAGAAUGGCGUUUUUGGGGCUUGUGCCUGGACAACGCCGGGGUUGAGGGUGCGGACUGCGGGCACGGCCGCGUAUAAUGGCGGCACGAUGAAGAUGGACAAUUGGCACCCGAUCACAGCGACAUAGUGUGGAGAACGGGUGUAAUGGUUUCUUUUGGACUAUUGUACCCCUUGGAAUGCACAGAGUCCAAGGGCGAUUUGUGAGAUGAGGUGCAAGAAAGAGGCGCUAAGUACGUAGUAGCAGAUGAUCUUGCCCGCUAGUACUAACUAGUAGUCCGCCAAAGCGAUCGGACUUCCGAGAUGCACUUCGUCAUGGUUGUCUCAUCCCCAUCUUUUCGUGAUUCGCAGACUUUCUCAAAUCCGAGCUUUUUUUUUGCUG